AAUAAAAAUCAAAUAAAUAAGAAAAUGGAAAAUAUAAACUAAACCUGGUUCUAAUUUCCUUCAGAUACUGAUUUUACAUAUCAUAAUAUACCUUUUGGAGUAUUUUCAACUAAAAAAGACCCUGAAGAUGCCCGUCCUGCAACCCGAGUAGGUGAUUAUUUAAUAGACUUAAGGGAAUUGGAAAUAAACAAUUUAUUAAUUGGCGAACAAUAUAAAUCUUUAAACCGAAAAAUAUUUUAAUCAAGAACUCUAAACGACUUCAUGUCAUUGACAAGAUCUGAUUGGAGAGAAGUUCGUAAAACAAUCUAAUAAUUAUUACAUUUAGGUUCAGAAUUAGAUAAGAAUCUCGAAUUAAGAAAAAAGCUUUUUUUCCACAUAAAUGAUAUUAUUAUGCAUUUACCAGCACACAUUUAAGAUUAUACAGAUUUUUAUUCAUCUAAAAAUCAUGCAUAUAAUAUCGGAGUUAUGUUUAGAGGAAAAGAUAAUGCUUUGUAACCUAAUUGGACCCAUUUACCUGUUGGAUAUCAUGGAAGAGCAUCCACUGUUGUAGUUUCAGGAACUUCAAUUCAUCGUCCUAGAGGUCAAACUAAAGCUCCAACAGCAGAAAAGCCUUCUUUUACAGAAUGCAAAAGACUAGAUUUUGAACUUGAAAUAGGAGCUUUUAUUGGAGGAAAACCUAAUAAACUGGGGGAACCUAUUAAUGUUAAUGAAGCUGAAAAUCGCAUUUUCGGUAUUGUCCUUAUGAAUGAUUGGAGUGCAAGGGAUAUUUAAAAUUGGGAAUAUGUACCUUUAGGUCCAUUUUUAGCUGAAAACUUCGGAACUACAAUUUCCCCUUGGGUAGUUACUUUGGAUGCUUUAGAAUCUUUCAAAAUUGAUUUGCCUAAAUAAGAUCCCGAACCUUUCCUUAUUUGA